UACCCACAGGUUGCUGGUUAAGCUUAAGUGUUUGCAUUAACCCCUCUGUGAUGUGUUUAGUGCAGUCUGGGUUUAAUGUGAUGUGACUUACCCAGCUAUAUAAUAAAUCCCUGUAUUCGUGUUGUUGCAUGCAUAUUCAUUUUAAUGAGCUGUUUUACUAUAUGCACUCACUCCCUGUGUAUGCCCUCAUAUAACCCACGUGUGAAUGCAAGCACCGUACCCUCCCCCGCCGCCAUCUUUUUACCGCCCCGGGAUGUACCCCCGCCUCCUCCUCCGUAUCUAACACAGACGGGCCGUGCAUUUCAUGUUCCGUCAGGUCAACAGCAACGAGCUGGCUGUUCGGAAGCAGGAGGACAACAUGUCCCGCUACUCGGAAUGGCUGUACGGUGGGGUGGACCCAAACCUGCCUGGUAACGGGGGACAGCAGUGUGCAUCGUUCAUACCGGGCGAGCAGCGGCUGCUGGAGAGCCUGGUGCUGCUAGCCGUGUCUGUGCUGGAGAUCGGUGUAUCCAUGGGAAAGAUUUUCCGGUGUAAGCUGGGAGAGGGCAAGUCUCCUGCACCUCCAGUACGCCAGGAGAGCCUUGGAAAGAGCCUGUUGCUGGUGGCUGUGUGCUUGACAUUUGGGGUGGAGGUUGGCUUCAAGUUUGCCACCAAGACUGUCAUCUAUCUGCUGAACCCUUGCCAUGUGGUCACCAUGCUACAGAUUUUUCUCCUGGCUUGCCCACCCUGUAAAUUUGCCACAAUUGUUUUCAGGCUGCAAAUGCACAUGUUAAAUGGGGCCCUCCUCGCUCUCCUGUUCCCAGUGCUGAACACACGUAUGCUUCCUUUUGAGGUUGAAGUCUAUUACAUCCAACAUAUUUUGCUAUAUGUGGUCCCAAUCUACCUGCUCCGCAAAGGAGGUGUGUAUACUCCAGAACCUCUCUCUAAUUUCUGGUGGGCUAUCUUAGCGACUGGGCUUAUGUUUUUCUACCACUUCACCUUCCUUCAAAUUCUUGGACUUAUUACUGAAGUGAAUUUGAACAACAUGCUGUGCCCAGCUGUGUCUGACCCUUUCUAUGGACCCUGGUAUCGAAUCUGGGCCUCAGGACACCAAACUCUGAUGACUUUGGUCCAUGGCAAACUUAUUGUUCUGCUCUUCUCUUCCGGCAUCCCAGGAUACAGGUUCCUAGUGGAUCUUAUUCCUUUGUCUGCAAAGAAAGUGGACUGAUUAUCUCCUAAGUUUUGCAAUGCAUUUAACCUAAUCAUUGCCAAACAUGGCCCUUGAAAUGGGAUUAAGAGACUGUUAAGGCUUCUCCAGUGUUCAGCACUUCCAAUGGCAAAAAAAAACAAGUGACCUUAGGAGGCAGAUUGUUUUUUAAGAAUUUUCUCUCUAAUAAGCUGAAGCCUUACACAAAGCUGGAGUCUCGCUGUAUUUUGCACAACAAACUUCUCUUUCAAUAGAUGCUCAGGGCGUGUGAUAUCCACAUUUUAAAUAAUGUACCAUUCUAACAAAAUAUUAUUUACAUUGAUAAUGGAUUUUCCCCUAUUCUUGUGCUGAUGGUAGAGGAACUCAGAGCACUUUCCAACAUAAUUGUAUGCCUCAUUUCAGUUUAACCUGACCAGAUAUAGAUCCCACAUCUCCAGCAGGGAAAUAUGCAUCAUAAGCGCUUACAGUAACUACAUUAUUUCAUGAUCCAGGUUCAGUGUUUGAACUUCAGGGUCUUUCAAGUAUUAAAGAACAACAAAACGGUGUGUCUGGUCCCAGAAACCAGUUUAAAGUCCCACAAUGCAUUACUGAGUAUACCCAAUGAAAGCUUUUGUUUUUCAUUGUCAUUUUUAGCUCUUAGUAGUGCAAAACUAGCAGACCAUACAUUGCUUAGUGAUGAAUGGUAAUAUUCUUUAGCAAUGAAGGGAAUAUAAAUAACCACUUGAUCAUUUUAAACAAUGUUUUAUGUUAAAUGAUGGUUAGUAUUUUAAAGUUUUUUUUAAUUUCCAAAAGGAUAAUUGUUGCCUCCAUUUUAACCUAGUAGGGAAGCUUGUGACAAAAAUGACUUCAGCUUUGUGCCACACUAUUACAUUCCCAGCAAAGGAUGUAUUUUUUCCAUUGUCUAGGAGGAUUGUUUAAUAUAUGGGGUAUCCAGCCUUCUGUGGUGCCUUACAUGGAUGGUUUUUAAAGUGAACUGCAAAACAUUCCUUGUUCCGCAGUACACUUAAAGGGGCAUUGUACUGUAAAAUGUGUUUCCCAUUAAUGUGUUCCCAGUUACUUUUUACACCUGCUGCAGAGUAUUAAAUGGAUAUUAAAUAGUUCCUUCAGGUUAUCCUCAUUGAAACCUUUGUUGAUUGUUAUCAAGGUGUCCAUUUAAAUAGACCGGGCUUGCAGAAAUAGCAUACCUGCUUAUGUUACCUCUCUUCACAUAGGCCACUAGUUGGGUACUAAUUAUGGAAUGUGUGGGAGAGGGGGUAUAAGCAAAAACAGCUAUUUUGGAUACAAAAAAAAUCUCCCAUCCCCCACUGGGAGGAUCAUUUCUGCUGCUUCCUCUUGUUUACAUUUUCUUUCUAAAGAGAAUGCUGCAGUACUGGAAUUUUUAGUAUAGGAGGCAAUGUCAACAGGCAAAAUAAACUAUUUCAAGUGACAAAAAUAAAGAAACUAAUUUUUAAACAAUUUGAUACACGGCAUAUAAAAUUGAUCUUUGGGAACACAUUAAAAGGGAAAACAUUUUAAAGCGCAAUGUCCCUUUGUGUACAAUAGACGUUGUACAAGUUAUGAUUUAAGUUAAAAAAUAUCUUUAUGGCUGGUGUAUUUGUAUUGUGUGUGUGUGUGAGUGUUUAUAUAUAGUUAUAUAUUAGCAGUUUUCACAGGAACUUAAAACAUAGAUUGUUGUAUUUUGCCUUGUUGUUGCCAGAUAGCUUUGUACUUUCGUUCUAUGUGCCACUGGCAGAAAAGGGAUAAAAGUAUUCAAUAUGCCAAUUAUUUAUCUAGUAUGAAUAAGUGUUUUGAAGUUUCCAUAUUCUAUAGAUUUUGUUACUACUUUUUUAAAAGUGCUCUUUUCUGUCCUAAUGUUGUGGACUAAAUAUUACAUUUUAUUCUUCUACCUACCUAGACGUUAUAAACUGUUUUUUCUAAGUAGUGGAGUGUUUGUGCAAUAAAACUGUGAUUAUGUUUAGCAUUUUUGGGGGAUAAUAUGGAAAUGACAAAUGUCUAUUAACCAUAUAACUGGCAAGAAAGCAUUCUUUUGUAAAGUAUUUAAUAAAAUGUUCAUUAGUAAA